CAUACAGACACAAACACAUACCCGGAGAGAUAGAAAUGAGAAAGGAACGAGAGAUAUAGAUGAGAGAAAGAUGCGAGAAACUAAAUUGCAGAUGAUACUGACUCUACCGUAAACAAUGAACAAUUGGUCUGUGAGAUAGACAGAGGACAGAAGGAGGGGUGCAAAAAAGGGAGAGACAGAGAGCGGUAUGGCCCUCUUACACGUCUCUGCAGUGAAGCUGCACAUCCUGGACUGAAGAACAUGCUGGAUAAGAGUGAAGUAUCCACACUGAGUCUGCCACCGCCCGUGAGCCAUGGAGGUUCAGACGGAAACAUCAGCGUGGAGGCGGGUUCGGACGGGGCGUGUGGUGAGGUCCAGAGAACACGAGUGGCGCUGGAACACCUGCAGCAGAAGAUCCUGAAGAUCACUGAGCAGAUCCGUGUGGAACAGGAAGCCCGUGAUGAUAACGUGGCUGAGUAUCUCAAACUGGCCCACAAUGCCGACAAACAACAGGCGUCGCGCAUCAAACAGGUGUUUGAGAAGAAGAACCAGAAGUCUGCGCAGACGAUUGCACACCUCCACAAGAAACUCGAGCACUACCACAAGAAACUCAAAGAGAUUGAGCAGAACGGUCCUGCGCGGCAGCCCAAAGACGUGUUGAGGGACAUGCAGCAGGGGCUGAAAGAUGUUGGCGCUAAUGUGCGGGCUGGAAUCAGUGGUUUCGGAGGGGGCGUGGUGGAAGGGGUAAAGGGUGGAGUCUCGGCGCUCACGCACACUGCCGUUGUCUCCAAACCGCGAGAGUUUGCCAGUCUCAUUCGCAACAAGUUCGGCAGCGCCGACAACAUUGCCCACAUGAAGGACGCUCUGGAGGACGGGCACACAGAGGAGACGCCCAGAGCUCUGAGCGGGAGUGCCACCCUCGUCUCCAGCCCCAAAUACGGCAGCGACGACGAGUGCUCCAGCGCCACCUCUGGGUCUGCAGUUGGCAGCAACUCUGGCGGGGCGGGCGGGGCUAUGUCCGGGAUGGGGGCGACCAUGGGUAGCCCUCGACUGGAUGGACACCAUCACCACCAUCAUCACCACCACUCGUCGUCUUCCUCUUGGGACGUGCUACUGGAAGGCCUGCAGGAGAUCAAAGCCAGUCAGGUGCAUAUGGAGGACGCAAUCGAAGACAUGAAGGUGCAGCUUCAGAGCGACUACACCUACAUGACCCAGUGCUUGCAGGAAGAGCGAUACAGGUACGAGCGUCUAGAGGAACAGCUGAAUGACCUGACGGAACUUCAUCAGAACGAGAUGAGCAACCUGAAGCAGGAGCUUGCCAGCAUGGAGGAGAAGGUGGCGUAUCAGUCGUACGAGAGAGCACGAGACAUCCAGGAGGCGGUAGAGUCCUGUCUGACACGCAUCACCAAACUGGAGCUGCAGCAGCAGCAGCAGCAGGUGGUACAGUUGGAGGGCGUCGAGAACGCAAACGCCCGAGCACUGCUAGGAAAACUCAUCAACGUGAUUCUCGCCCUGAUGGCCGUACUGCUGGUGUUCGUCUCCACCAUGGCCAACUUCAUCACACCCCUCAUGAAGACUCGCGCCAGAGUUGGCACCACCCUCGCCCUGGCGCUCUUCCUGGUCACACUGUGGAAGCACUGGGACUGGCUGGAGCUCUUCCUGGUGCCCAGCUGAGAGAACCAAUUACCAGGUUCUAACUGUGAGGCAUCCCGCCCAUCGUAAUCUCAUGGCAUUGGAAUUUGACGAUAUUUCAGGAUGUAUAAACACAAUUUAAACGUCCAUCAAUCGAUUUUCUUCAGUCAUUUGGGUGGGCAGACAUGUGAGGUGGGCACUCAAAAAAGGGGCGGGAGCUCCAAAACACCAUUAAAGAUACUCCGAUCAGCCACAACAUUGAAAGCACCUGCCUAUUAUUGUGUAGGUCCACCUCGUGCCGCCAAAACAGCGCCAACCGCGUCUCAGAAUAUAUUCUUCCCAUCACAAUUGUACAGAGUGGUUAUCUGAGUUACCAUAGACUUAGUCAGUUCAAACCAUCUGGGCUGUGUUUCCCAAUAACGCUCGAUCUUAGCAGUUAAGAGCGUUUUCUGCGCGAAAUUUUACGUACAUUCGUUAUUUUUUGAUGCGCGUAUCCCAAAACGGCACUUAACAUGCACGUGCACGGGCGCACUUUAAGUGCUACUUAAGAGAGUCGCUCUCUUACGAUGCUCUUAGCGCUGUACGAUUACGUCAGAGCGCUCCUUAAUCUACAAGCAUUUUCAAGCACUACUUUAGUUACGAUGCUUUUGGGAAAUGGGCCGCAAAACUAUGAUGAAUCGUAAGUUGGAUUCUACGAUGCUUUUGGGAAACGAAGCUCUGGCCAUUCUCUGUUGACCUCUCAGAACUGGCGCUCACUGGAUGUGUUAUUGGCACCAUUCGGAGGAAAUUCUAGAGACUGUUGUGCGUGAAAAUCCCAGAAAUACUCAAACCAGCCCGUCUGGCACCAACUGAACUAAGUCUAUGGUAACUCAGAUAACCACUCUGUACAAUUGUGGUGUCAGAAUGCUGUUCUGAGAUGCGGGUUGGCGGCACGAGGGGGACCUACACAAUAUUAGGCAGGUGCUUUUAAUGUUGUGGUUGAUCGGUGUAUAUGGAGCCCCUUACUUAACCCUUUCCCUAACCUUAACUGUGAGUAGAAGUGACACCCCCUUUUGGAGUAACCCGCCCCUUUCUGUGGUAACUCCGCCCUCUUUUGGAGAUUCCACACCCAUUUGGAGGUCUCCGGCCUGCAGGUAUAUCACCUUGGCUUUGGCCUGAAGAUGGCACUGUUUCAGUCUCUUCAGUUCCAAAGAGAAUUUAACUUUUUCUUUAGACCUUUUGAGCUUUUAUGUCUCUUUGCUUCAGGGAUGGUUCACCUAAAAAUAAUGUCAUCAUUCACUUACCAACAUGCCGUUCCAAACCCGUAUGACACUUUUCUUCCGUGGAACGCAAAAGCAGAUAUUUAGUUGGUUGUAGCCACAUCAGCCACACUUCAAGGGGACAAAACCACCAAGAAAGCCCUAUAAAAGUAGUCUGUGGCAUGAGCGUGAGUAAACGAUGACAGAUUUACAUUUUUGUGUGAACUAUCCUUUAAACUAAUGAAUGUUAAAUCUGUUUCUUAGAGCAGGCACAAGAUGUUCUGUUGAUGCAUGGCUUUACUCUGACACAUGCGGUCACAUCUCAGACCGAACAUCAUCGCUACUGAAGGACCUUUUACAUGCUAACACCAAAACUGUAUGAGAAAAUGUGUUUUGUCUCUGUAAAAUUCUGUUAUAUUUGAUCCUCUUUGAAUUUUUUUUUUUUUUACAGAGGAUGAAAAAAUGUAAUUUGACUUUGUGUGUUUGUGAUAUUUGGCAUCGAUUGAACUGGGAGACAAUAAUCAAUAAUCAAUAAUCACAUUCGACUUCAGAACAUUUUUGUAAACACAGUUAUAGUGUGACACGCUCAAUCACAACGGCAUGAUCAUAUUUAUCAUGUUUCUACCCGUUUCCUAAAAAU